UGAAAAUACGAAAGGGAAAAGGGAGGUAAAUCAGUUUGUGUAAUGAUGCAUGCAUAGGAAUUCACUGAAGUAGACUGAUUCUCGUAAAGAUCAUCAGUUAAGUUUCAGGUAAAUCAUCAUAGAUAGGACAGUAAUUAGGAAGCAUAUUGCAUUGGAACUGCAUCAGGACAGUCGUUUCAACCAGUUGCUUUGAAAGGCUCACAUAUUUAAUUAGGAACAUGGGCUCGUGAUAGUUAGAGAGAUGUUAUUUGGAUAGAAAAGAACAGAAAGUUAUAACUCUCCAACUGACUUGAAGAAGUAUAUAAGACAUGAACCUUAAUGGUGCUCUAUGAUGGAAAGGAAAGACUUGGAUAAUAUGAAAGGUCUACGGGAUAGGAUAUCAUAGCUACAGAGGUCGAUUACUUUUAAAGAGGGUAGCAAAUAAAAAUACAAGCAAGGAGUAUGAAUACGCUAUCAACAGACUAGAGAUAUACUUUCAUUCGUAUUAAUUGGUAUUAAAUGUCUACAUGUAUAUGGAUUAUUUUACCGCUGACAGAUACUGUCUGAAUUAGAUUAAAACCUAUUAUUAUUUGAUCAGUAGAGGAUGAAACACUACACUACAGAGGAGGAUAAGUGACCAUGAAGCUACACAUCAAUCUUAUCAAUAUCUUUAUUCUGCUACUCCUGGAAUUGAGUGCCACAGUUGGGAAAAAGCAUAGGAAACAAGAGCGUGAAAGGAACUCUAAAAAGCAUUUUGGAGAUGAGGAAGUUAAAGGAAUUAGAAUCAGGGGAGAAUGGAUAGCUGGUUAUGACAAACGAGAGUCCCCACAUGGAGAUCUUGCAACUCAAGUAAAGAUAGGAAUCUACAUAAACAGUUUCUAUUCAAUAAGUGAACAAACGAUGGAUUACUCAGUCAACAUAUAUCUCAGGCAAUCCUGGUAUGAUCCCCGCAUAAAGUUUGGAAAGGGUGACCCAAGCGAUAAAACUGAGAUGACCAAAUUACCAGAUGGUACAUGGGAUGAAAUAUGGGUACCAGAUCUUUUUUUCCGAAAUGAGAAAAAGGCUGAAUUUCAUUCAGUGACAAUACCAAACAGACUAAUGAGACUUUAUAUGGAUGGAAGAAUAUGGUAUGCAAUGAAGAUUACAACUACAUUAUCAUGUCCUAUGAAUCUGAUAAAAUACCCUAUGGAUACUCAAUUCUGCCCGUUAAUGAUUGAGAGCUUUGGCUAUACAAUGGACACAAUAUAUUUCAAUUGGUGGGACAAAGCUGUGGCGCACGACGGUACAUUGGAAAUGCCACAGUUCAGACUGGUGGAGGCUCAUCUAAAAGAUUGUAGUCAAAACUAUUCUACAGGAGCCUAUCCAUGCCUACAAGUCAACUUUGAGCUAAAACGUGACAUUGGUUUCUACUUGAUCCAGAUUUAUAUCCCCAGUAUACUUAUAGUUAUAUUAUCCUGGGUCGCAUUCUGGAUAAACAUUGAUGCAAUCCCAGCCCGUGUCUCAUUAGGACUGCUAACUGUGCUCACAAUGACUACCCAGUCUACUGGGGCCACUAGUUCCCUGCCCAGGGUAUCUUAUGUCAAAGCGAUAGAUGUUUGGAUGUCUGUGUGUUUACUCUUUGUAUUCACUAGUCUACUUGAAUUUGCUGUUGUUAAUGUACUGUCUAGAAAAGAAGUGAAAAGUAUUCGCCCAAACAUGAUACGAAGAAAAGUGAGCAAGAACAAAAAAGACUCAGAAGCUGGCGAGGUUAUUGAAACGAUGCCACAUGACUCAAGUAUAAGAAACAAUACAGCUAUAAUGCCUGAUUUAGAGGGAAAACACAAGGCUAGGACAAUAGACAAAAUAUCACGCCGUGUUUUCCCUAUAUCUUUUCUCAUAUUUAAUGUAGUCUAUUGGAUAAUUUAUGCAUUAAUCAUGGGUGAUAAUAGACCACCUGAUAUAUAAGUACUUGGGGAGAAGGUAAAUAUAUCGAUGUACAUGAUUAUCAAACUCCAUCCCCCAAUUAAAAUUGGGGGAUGGCUAUCAGUACACUGAUCUUCAAACAGAAGAAUCUUUAGAUUUGAAAAAUCAAAAAAGAAUUAAAUUUCCUUUUUAGGGGUAGGGUAAAUUGGGGAUGUAAUUACUCAUGUUUCAGGACAACAUCGCAAUAUUUACCUAGUCCCUUAUAAUAUAGAGUGUACAUAGUGUCUAGUUCUUAUAUGAAUACAAGUAUUCUGCGUGGAUUUAAUCAUAUUUGUCCCAUGUAAAUAUAAGACAACUGUCUACAAGUGAGUAAGGCAAUAUGUAUGCAAGUGUCAUCAAAGAUGUGCAUAUAAUUUGAUGUGAGUGUAUAUAAGUACAGUACAUGUAAAGGCUAAUCCACAUAAUGUAAAUACAAUCAUGUGCAUAUUAGAUGGUAGAAAUAUUAUUUAUAAUGUACAUAAACAGUGUGUAGGUUUGAGCGUUAUUGAAAUGAAGAUCCAAUAUCUGGUCAGAAUUAAGCUAUGCAUUAUGUGCAACUCCAUGGACAAUUGGAGCAACAGAUGCAAACCAUGAAAAGAAUAACCUGGAAUAAAAUCAAACACAUACUGUUGUCUGCAGUUCUAAUUAUCCAAGAGCACGCCUCAAUGUAUACACUUAAAAUGAUCUUCCACAUUGUACAAUAUCUAUGACACUAAUGCCAGAUAAAAGUGUGCCAUAUCUGAUUUGGCCUUAUAUGCAUAUAGUGUAAAGGAUGAAUCAGAGAAAGAAAGCAAUUUGUCAAAGAUUAUGCCAAACUUGGAUCAUAUCAUCCCUGUCAUGUAACGUUUCUGAAAAUUUCAAAACAUCAAAGUGUGCAUGAUGUAUUCACUCUAAAUAGUAUAACCACAUUCCUAUGUAGUCUUCUGGUUUGGAAUACCACUGUAAUGAGGCAAUACAAAUUAUAUUAACAAUUAUGAAUCACAAAUCAUUACAAAAUAAUCUGACUUUUGUCAAAAUUAAAUAGCUGAGUUUAAACCAAAAGCCAUAACUCCUAGAGCUAUGUAUUCUUAAGAGAAUAUAUAUUUUGUUGAUAGUAACUGAUAACCCUUAUCUUGUAUUUCUAUAUGGCACAGUGGCUAAUAUUAACAAACUGAGACUUCAAAUGUUACAUCAUAAUUAAGAGAUGUACAUCAAUAAUUAGAGAUGUACAUAUGGCCUAUUAAAAAGACUCAACAGCACUAUGAGAUGUGAUCAUAUGAUUUGUUACUGAUGUAUAUGAAAUGAAUAGGUCAAGGUUCUGUUUUAUCUGUUUUCUCUUAUUUUGUCUUAUAUAGUGCUAUGGAAUCAUCAAGGUUACAAUGAAGAUAUCUAUUAGAAAACAAUAUUACAUAAUGUAACAAAUAAGUGUUAAAUGCCUUUGAAAGUUCAUAAAUUAUCGUUCAGUGUUAUCAUAAAUUACCAAAACAAGGUGCAAUGUGAAAGCUUUUAUUCCAAUGUACAUCUGAACCACAUUAAUGGAAUUAAGUUCCAUUUCUCUGCAGCUGUGACUAUGUUACAAUCAUCAUUACUAUUACACUGACUCAAUGUAAUCAAUUGCACAUAUAUAAUAUUAUGUAUACACCAUAACAUCAUUAGUGAAAACCUAUAUAUCAUCAAUGUAUAGUCAAAUUGGCUCCAAACACCUGGUAUCGGAAACGUCAUCUGACUAUGUACUGAACGCACAUAAUGCUUCAAUUCAAUACUGUCAUAAGAUUGUCACACUAUGAAAAUGUAUGGUAUAAAAUAAUAAAUAAAUUUUAU